GUUACUUCCUGCUGUGCUGUGGGCGCAGAGGAGUGUCGAAAGCAUUUUAUUUUCUUUGCAUUUUUUGCAGUAUGAGUAGUGAAAGGAAAAGGAAAGUCUAAACUGACAUCUGUAUCUCAUCAAGUUCUAAGGACAUCAGAUGUGUGUGAAAGAAGUGAAGUGAAAAGAAUCUUUAACACAAAACAAUGGAAACCACAGGCAAAGAUGAGUUUCAACUUGUGACCCCCUGUGACCAAAUAGAGUCCCUUGGCCCAAAUGUCACAGUACCCUGUCAUCUGUCCCCUGAAAUCAGUGCUGUUGCCAUGGAGAUCAGGUGGUUUAAGGGCACAGACUGUGUUUGCCUCUAUAAGAACAGGCAUGUGACAGAGGGGAGGGGCUACAAGGGCAGAGUGAGUCUGUUCAAGGAGGAGCUAAAAAAAGGAGACGUGUCUUUACAACUGAGACAGUGUGAAGAGCAGGAUACAGGACAUUACCUGUGUCAGGUCAUCAGUGGCUUCAGAACAGAAGAGCUAACAGUAGCAGUACAGACGCUCAGUGAUGAGUUCAACCUGAUACAUAAACUGGUGAAGGUGGAGGGAGCCUGGACUGAAGAGGAGAGAAUGAAAAUGGAGGAAUCUGUUCUGCUGACUGAGUUUAAGGCGAGUAACAUGCUCGAGCUCUUCAGAAGAUUUAACGAGGAAAGAAUUCAAGAGCGAGAAAAACUGCUACAGCAGCUGAAGGAGGCCAGGAUGGACUGGGACAAGGCUUUAAAAGAACUGAAAACUACAGAAGCUCAGUUACAAGGGAUUGGAAUAAUGCUAGAGGACAGAGCACAAAAGAUGUGUGAUUUUGAGGGUAAGAUGGAGAGACUCAAACAACUUGAUCUACAGACUACUGAAACCAUGGACACAUCAGAUCUAGUCACUUCAUGCCAGAAAAGAUACAGUGGACAUAUACCUCCAAACAUGAGUGAAGAGACUCCAGAGUCAUCAGUGCCAGUCAGGAGAAAAAACAGCAUGGAUAAACCUCUGAAAUUGGUGGAGAAUCUACGGCAUCAUCUCCAGAGUCAGUUCCUGUAUCAGAGCUCAGGCUGGUGCUGCUGGGGAGGACUGGAUGUGGGAAGACAGCAGCAGGAAACACCAUCCUGGGCAGAGAGGAGAGGAGCCAGGCUGGAGCGUCUACAGUGAGGCAGCAGAGUGAGAGCAAACAGGGGGAGGUCGCUGGGAGGCAGGUGACUGUGGUGGACACUUCUGACUGGUUCUGUCCUGGACUCUCUCUGGACGAGCUGA